AUGUCCAACACAGCGCGCCUCCUUCUGUCUCUUGGGAAGACGGUCGCUCAGAUAACUGCCGAAUUCGCACCAUUUCCUGGGUUGUGUCCUGCUGUGGACAUCUUGUGUUCAGUCAUCCAACUGUGUGAGAAUGUAGCCACAAACCGGCAUGAAGCCAGACAACUCCGAGAUCGUUGUCACAGCCUGCUUCUAGCAGCCCGAGACCAGGAGAAGAGAGUACCGAAUAGCCUCAUCAACGCCUUCCGCGAUAUCGAUGCUUGUUUGGUACACGUACAAACGCAAAUGCACGCCUGGGCCCGGCUUCCUCGCCUCCAAGCCUUCCUGCACCAGGAAGAGAUAAAGCACGACAUUGAACGAUGUCAUAAUCGUAUCUCAGACUGUUACAUGCGAUUCCAGCUAGCUUCAGAUAUAGAAGUCAACCGUUGGCAAGAAGAAUUCAAAGAAAAUGCUGCUCUGGAUCAUCAGGAAGUCCUAAACUACCUUUCCGAUAUAUCUAAUGGUCAGACACUCACAAAUGAAGCGUUAAAGGGGCAUGGAGAGGUGCUAAAUAACAUCAUGAAACUGCUACAGAAUACGCUCAGUGAGGUCAAGCACGAUAGGAUGCACAACGGCCUUUCGAGUAAUCUCUACCAAAUACAAUACGAGUCGGAGGACUUGUUGCCAAACCUACACCUCAACUCUGGCGAAGUUGUCAAAAUCGGUCAAUUUCCUGUCAGUGGAACUGCUGCAAUGGACAUCUACGAAGGGUUGUAUCUGCAACGGGAAAAGGUUGCCAUCAAAGUCGUGCGCGCAGUCAACUCCAACGACCAAAGUAUGCGGAGAUUUAUGAGAGAGGUUAAGAUAUGGGCGGACAUUUGGAGGGUUGACAGAGGAAAGCAUAUUCUUCCGUUUUAUGGAUUCUGCCAAGAUGACGGACCCUUCCCGUAUAUGAUCAGUCCGUGGCAACCCAAUGGAAACUCAAUGGAGUAUGUCAAGAGAUUCGACAGGUCGGUAAAUUAUCGUCAAAUGGUUACCAAUAUUGCGCGAGGGCUGAGGGUCCUCCACUCCAUGAAACCCCCGGUUGUGCAUGGGGACCUUAAAGCUGUCAAUAUUGUUAUCGAUCCACGAGGGAAUCCAUUAAUUGCAGAUUUUGGACUCUCGCAAGUUGUUGAGGACAUAACAGGCAUACCCUUCACUCAAAGUCGGGGUGUGUCUGAUUCUUACCGGUGGUUCGCUCCAGAGGUUUGUGUUGGCCAAGGGGCACUUUCAAAAUAUUCCGAUAUAUAUGCUUUCGCCAUGACUACACUAGAGUUAUUCACGCAUCAGCAACCUUACGCUAAUAUCAAGCAUACGACCGAGGUCGUCAUCAAAACCUCUCAAGGACUGUUUCCUAUUCAGCCUAUUGACCAGCGCGUUCUUGAAAGAGGCUUAAACAAAGAUAUGUGGAAGUUGAUGACUGAGUGCUGGCACCGUAUUCCAUCUUCGCGACCUGAUAUCGAUGGUGUCCUAGGAACUUUGGAGGGCAUGGCUUGA